UGUCAUGGGGCGGGAGGAGGAGGCGGUGGCCGAGCGGGGAGGUGCCUGGGGCAGCCUCCAGGGUCCGCUCUGCCAUUCCUGAACUGAUCCGGGUCCCCGUGACCGUGGCUUCAGGGAAGCGAACUGUUAGGCGAAGGAGGAGGCAGUCAGAGCCAUAUCCCCUUCUUCCCCGGAGCGGGGGCCGGGCCUGGCCCGCUGAGGAGGGGGAGGGCCGGGAGGGCGUCGGGCCGGGCCGGCCUGUCUGCGGAGAUGGAUGACAGCAAGGUGGUCGGAGGUAAAGUGAAGAAGCCUGGAAAGCGAGGGCGGAAGCCAGCCAAAAUUGACUUGAAAGCAAAACUCGAGCGAAGCCGGCAGAGUGCAAGAGAGUGCCGGGCCAGGAAAAAGCUGAGAUACCAGUACUUGGAGGAGUUGGUGUCCAGUCGGGAAAGAGCUAUAUGUGCACUCCGAGAGGAACUGGAAAUGUACAAGCAGUGGUGCAUGGCAAUGGACCAAGGGAAAAUCCCUUCUGAAAUAAGGGCCCUACUCACUGGCGAGGAGCAGAACAAGUCUCAGCAGAACUCAAGCAGGCAUCCCAAAGCUGGAAAGACAGACGCUAACACCAAUUCGUUGGUGGGGAAUUGAACCCGUGGCUUCAGACAUGCUGGGGUGAAGAUGGUAUAAAAUGCAGUCAGUGAUCAAAGGCAAUGGUUGGAUAAUGUCUACGGAGGACGAACGGGCAGGACUGUGCUGCUUUGCUCUAUUUUCCGCUUACUGCUCAGUAAGCAUCUCUGUAAACCCAAAGUUUCUACCAAAAUGUGUGACAAUAUGUCACGAAGGUCCUUGUGCAACACUUAGGUUUGCCAACCUUCAGACCUGCUCGGUGUUGCUCUCCACGCCGGGUAACAAGUCAUGAUGCCCGAGAUCGUGGGAGUGGAGGCAGUGGAUAGAAGCGCACGUUUGCACCUUAGCCCUGUGGCUUUCAUGGUUAAUUCCUAUGUCCUGUGUAAUUGAUAGCUGUGUGUGUGUUGUUUAGUUGUCUUUUCUUUUCAUGUUUUUAGUCACCCUACACAAAGACACCAGAUCGGCUGUUUGUCCCUGUGGUUCUCGGCCUUUAUGGACCCAAUACCAACUCCUUUGUGUUUACCUGAGUGAUGCGUGGGUGCCUGUGAGCCAUUCCAGUGUAAGCUGUAUGAGUGACAGAUAUGUACACCUCCGCUUUUGUAGCCCAUAGCGAUAUGCCUGGUUUAAAGGGUGUGCGUAACAAAACCAACCCAACAGGGAAGCCCCCGACAGCCUCUUGUUGCUGUUUCCUCUGACCGUAUUUAUGAAAGCUGGCUAGGGCCAAAUCCAUGCUUGGAGAAUAAUUAGCCACAUUUUAUUUUUAAGUGAAAAGUAGCCUUUCAGUGGCAUUCAGUACCUUAACCUGCAGUAUGUGUGUGACAUGGUCCUGCUGUGUGUCUCCAUGCACACACAUUUGCUUGUGCACUCUGCUGAGGCGUGGGAUUCCCCUGAAGAAUACAGAAUGAACGUAGCUGCUGAGACUGAGUAUCUGCCUUUCCGUGUGGAGCACAGGUCACCCUGCUGGUGACGUCAUGGCGGUUGCUGUUGACAGAAUACUCAGUUCUUCCCUGACGUGAGUGUCCUUAUGAAUGUGUUCUGAGCCAGAGAGAAGCCCACUGUGUGUUUGCACCUGCUUUAGCCUGUGCAC